AUGGAAUCGGCGGCCAUUAGCGGCGCGCAAUGGGUGGUGAGCAAGGCGCUGAGCCCGCUGUCCGACGGCCUGGUGGAGGCAUGGACGGCCAGCUCGGAGCUGGGCGCCAACGUGGAGGCCAUCAAGACGGAGCUGCUGUCCGUGCAGGCCACGCUUGCCGUGGCCCGUGGCAGGGAGACCGACAACAACGCCGAACUGGCGAAGCUGCUCCGCAAGCUGCGGGGCAUGUCGUACGACGCCGAGGACGUCCUCGACGAGCUCGACUACUUCCGCAUCCAGGACGAGCUAGACGGCACCACCAAUGCCGCCGUCGACGAUGGCUGUGUCCAGAGCUUCCUCCGCAACGCUCACCACACCUGCAUUGACAUCUCCGAGCAGGUCAGGUCACUGUGCCGGCGUCGUCAGGACGAUGGCGAGGAUGAGGAGCGAGAGCAUGGGAGAGCACGACAUGGGUGGCCAUGCUGUGGCAGUGGCACCCGGAACAGGAUGGUGCAUGGCGACCAGGAGGAGGUUGUUGGCCGUCGGCGGGGUGCUGGUGGCACCAUCGUCUCCACUGUCGGGUGA